AUGUGCUGGACAGUUUUGAUUGUAGCGCUGGUCGUGGUGGUUGGCUGUGAAGCCAUCGUCAAUGGUGGCGACCUGGACGCCAUCAUGCAGCAUUUGGAAAACAUGUAUAAAACUACAUCACCCACAUUGAACACUGCCGGAGGUGAGGUGGUCGAGAGGUGUAUGACCAGCGACAAGCUGCGUGGGGAGUGUGUCAUAUACUACCUCUGCAACGACAAUAAUACCGCCAACACUGAUGGCAGCAAUGUCAUUGACAUCAGAAUGCGUGAUGGUCCCUGUUCUUCCUAUUUAGACACUUGCUGUCUACCGCCCGAUAUACAAAUUCAACCCAUACUUACGCCCAAUCCCAAUUAUCAGCGUCAAGGCUGUGGCUGGAGGAAUCCAAACGGGGUCGGACUCUUUACCACCGGCGACGUCGGUGGGGAGGCAAAGUUCGCCGAGUUCCCGUGGAUGGUCGCCAUUUUGAAGACAGAACCACUCUUCAUCAACGAAAACAACCCAUCGGGGCAAAACAUGAACGUCUACGUGGGUGGUGGCUCCUUGAUCCACCCGAAUGUGGUCCUGACCACGGCGCACUACGUGGUCGAGACCAGGCGGCUGUUCGUCCGCGCCGGGGAGUGGGAUACGCAGACCAACAAGGAACCGUAUCCCCACCAAGAUCGGGAAGUUGUGAAGACCGUAGUCCAUAAAAACUUUAAUAACAAAAAUUUGUACUACGACAUCGCUUUGCUGUUUCUCAACUUUCCGAUGAUUUUGGCGCCCAACGUGGGGCUUGCGUGUCUGCCAUCGCCUCGGCAACGAGUACCCGCCGGCACAAGAUGCUUUGCCUCCGGCUGGGGGAAGGACAAGUACGGACAGGCGGGCCAAUACCAAGUCAUACUCAAAAAGAUAGAUCUGCCAAUUGUAGACCGUCAGGUCUGCCAGAGGCAGCUACGUCGUACCCGCCUAGGCCGCCACUUCAACCUGCACUCGAGCUUUAUUUGCGCUGGAGGGGAACGAGACAAGGACACGUGCAACGGAGAUGGCGGAUCACCACUGGUGUGCCCUAUUGAGUUCCAAAAGGAACGGUACAUGCAAAGUGGCAUGGUAGCUUGGGGUAUCGGAUGCGGAGAGGAUGGCACUCCAGGUGUUUACGUCGACGUGGCAGGUCUGCGAGACUGGAUAGACAUGAAUGUCGCUGCUGCCGGAUACGACACUUCUGUUUAUAGUUUUUAA